UGCACUUGUCCUCUCCGGCCACUAGGAGUCAGCAGCGUGCUGAUAAACCUUGUUGCACACCACAGAAGAAGAAGCUGUGUGCCCUUCACAACAGCAAACAUGACUACGGCUACUAGAUUUAUCCAGAGGCUGCGAAAUUUUCUAUCAGGGCAUGACCUGCAAAGUAAGCUUCAACUGCGAUAUGAAGAGAUUGCAAAGAGGACACAGCCACCACCCAAACUACCAGUAGGGCCGAGCCACAAGUACGCCGACAACUACUACUUCACCAGAGACGGACGCCGAGAGUCGGCACCUGCCACAGUUGUCAUGUCAUCACAGAAGGCUCUCACUGCUGGCAGCCAAGUUGCUGAAGCCCCAAAGGUUCCAGUCACUCCAGGUGGUGUAUAUAAAGGGCCAACCCUGUCCACAGACCAGCCCUACCUCUGAGCAGCAGGACAAACUGUUUCAGCAUCAACAGCCUCAUUUCUCCAUCUGAAGCUGCUGUAGAGGUCCUACCACAGCAAGUGUUGGUUGUAUCCUGUACAAUAGAGAGUGUGAAUAAAAUGUGUUAUAUGUUUAA